UCCACAGUAGCGGACUUAGAGGUCCCUGAAAAUGGUUGCUCGCGAUGAAUGGCCUGUAUCCCACCCGCAGAAACCAGAGGGUGGAAGGCAUGCUGUCAUCUGGUUUCCUAGAAUGGGUGUCGCUGGAAAACACGGAAGCUUCAUUCACUUGCCAUCGGCGACCUGCGACCCGUGCCUUGUCAACAAACACUUGGAUUUUGCAAAUCGUGCAUAUUAAGGGCCACUAUUGUACAAGCCUGACUCCACAAAACACGCUCAUUCGCCCCUCUGUCGCCGAUCUGAAUCGAUAUCUUUUGUACACCGCUCGUUCAAACGCGUAAUUUUGUAAUGAGCAACUACGACCAUCUUCCACGGUACAGAGAACCACUCCAUAUACCCCAUCCUCGUCGCCAACGCACGCGAGAUGAAGAGGAGGCGCGUGAGCGUCGGCGGCAAAUCGCAGAAGAGACCCUGCGAGAUAUUUCGAAUGGAUAUUACUACACUGCUGACGGUACCAGGUAUGGUUUCGUUGAGACACAACAGUACGGCCAAGCGAACACGAUAUACGUCUCUCCCGAUGACAAGGACAUUCGUCGGUGGCUGGAUCCAACACGUCCCAUUCGGUACCCCUCCGAUCCUCCCGUACCCGCUACAGUAUCCAUUGUGCUCAGCUCUACACUCAAAGCCAUCCAUUAUCUCAAUCGUCCCAAUGUUGGCGUGCUCAAUUUUGGGAAUCCGUUACAGCCCGGAGGUGGGUUCGUUUCGGGUGCUGAAGCACAAGAAGAAUCCCUCACUCGCUCCUCAAAUCUGCAUUGCAUGCUCACGUCAAACGAAGGAACCGAAUUCUACGUUCAUCAUCUGAAUGAGGAAACCGACGGAUUCAAUACACACGCAAUGAUAUAUGCACCCGUCGUAAUAUUCCUCCGGGAUGAUACAGGGCGUUACGUUCCACCGAGCAAGGCAUCGGUGAUAACGUCCGCUGCCGUGAAUCGUGCUCAGGUUCUUCGCCAUUUCCGGGAUGCGCCGGAAGUUGACGCGGAGAUAGAGAAAACCAUGCGAGAACGGAUGGCUCGUAUAUUACGUCUCUUCGAAGAAUGUGGGGACCGUCAUCUUGUUCUCGGGAGCUUCGGGACCGGGGUGUUCACAAAUUCGGUUCAGAUGGUAGCAAGCAUAUGGGCAGAUCUACUAGUUGGCGAAGGAGCCAGAUUCCAAAAGUCAUUCGAGCAAGUGAUAUUCGCCAUCAAGGACCAGAACACGUUUGACGAAUUUAGAGAAAUAUUCUCUCAGCAUGUCGAAACUGUGCCUGUGGAUGAGUCGAUGACGAUGACGGAAUACCCUUGAUAGGGGCUCGGCUUUUUGAUCCAACUCCACACUUCUUCGCAAGACCUUGCACUUUGCGCGUGCUUGGCAACACUAAUCAAAGGGAAGACCCAGCAAUAGGCGUCAGACGUCUUCUGGUGCGAAGGAUCAAGUUGAAUGUCUCGAGUCACCCGAAGUAGCUUGGCUGAAUAUUGUAGUUAUCUCAUCCGAUUAUAACAUUUGUCUUGAUCUCAACUUCAACACUACGACCUGCCCGACGGCUCAUUAUCUAUCCUUCUAUAAUCACCCAACAUCGGCUUCCCACAAUCUUCAUUCACUGUACAUUUCCCCAGGUUCAAUACAAUGAUGGCU